UUUAGUAGGAUAGUACUACUUUGCAGCGUCAUGGGUUUCUUUGAACAUCGUGUCGAUCUUAGUCGAUCCUAGCCGAGCGGCCGCCAGAAUAAUGUCUUUGUCCUCUGAACAACUAGUCGCCGAUUUACCUAUUACGGAACAAAAGAAGUAUUUACAAUAGUAAUCAGAUGGCCUGUCUCACAAAUACUCGAGGGUUCGCGUGGAUGUUGCCUGUCUCGUUUAACUUGCGAACAAUGCUUGAAAAUCCAAAGUACAUAGAGUAUCGAUACUCCGCGAUCAGUUUGCGACCACGAUUGGUUCCUCGAUUUCUACGAGGCUAUUAAAUACCAGGCACGAAGUGUUAACUAUCAAAUUAGAUCCCUUAAUAUAUCCUUUUAAGAUAUUAGAGAUACACAUCAGGGAUGAGCAUCGACUUAGAUCACCCGUCGAGCGAGAACGUCGCUCACCUCACGAGUCUCCUCUCCCGACGACCCGAGUAUGGAAUUGCAAUUCCGUCGAGGAGAUGGCUAAGCAGGCAGGAGGAGAAAAUAAGGAAUAUUCCAGAGGAAUUGCUUAACAAUUCGAGUCUUCUGAAGCGUCUUUUCAUAAAGAUCGCUGACAGAAUCGACCCGGAAUUGAUAGACCCGAGGGCUGUGCUAUGCAAGACGCAUUCCGCUCUCAACCCCUGGCUUAUACGUUGCUUCUUCUUAGCCGUCGCUUAUGAAGUAACGGUUCACACGGACCUGCUACGCUCGUGGAAAGGCAGGAUGGAUUACCCGAUUCUUUCUAGCUUCGCUGGCCGAGUAGACUCGAUUGCUGCCUUGUGGACAGAGCCAGACCUAUAUUCCGAAUGUUAUGGAACACCACCCUUCGAGGGCCACCUGAUCUUCGUCCAGUCUGGCUGUGAGGCUUGUAUUCUCAGUGCUAUGGGUGCUAACGCUCGUGUUCUGGCUGACUUGCGGACAACCCUUAUCGACCGAGCCGAGAGGCGUCCACCGCGCCCCAACGGGCGCCGGGCUAGGGCACCAAAACUGAAGCGCUACGUUGAUGAUUGGAUCAGCCAACUUACAGAAGAGAGAGCGACAAAGUGUAUAGCCAUGAGCGACAGCGUACUUAGCGAGCUCAGGAACGUGCGACCUCAACUUAAAGAGUGGCGAGCCCAAAGGAGGAAGAAACGGAGCAAAACCAAAACGGUCUAUACCGAAUUAAAAAAGACAAAAGAUGGCGGAACCGAGUUGAAGUACGUCGCAGAUAAUAGACGAUACAAGAGGAGGACCAAGAAUGGUAUUCCCGUGGCCGUAGCUGACCUAGAGGGUGCGGAAGACCAGAGGAGGGCUGCGUUGUUUAGCUUGAAGGACAACGUGAAAAGCGUCUACAGGCCUGAUAGCAUGAGCCCCUACUCGCAAUUUGGUGGAUCUGGUGGCCAUCACGACGUAGCAAACGCAAGUGAUGCAUUACCGCUCCUUAACGACGAGAAUGACUUAUCAGAUGAUUAUGAAGACGCAGAAGACUUCGACGAUCUGGAUGAGCUGGAAGACCACCCAGACCUCGACCGUGACUUGGAGGCGGAGGAAAGGAGCAGGCAAAAAGUAGCAAACUGGUACUCUUCUCAGGUGUUGAAAUUGGAUUUAACACAAGACGAUACCAAGUCGGUUUUGUCCAUGGCCCAUCCUGCCUUCCGACCUCCGAAUGAGUUCAGCCAUCUCUCGGCUGCGCCGUCGCCCCUCAAUAUAAGGAGGGACCGCCCGCGUAAAGCACCGCCCGCCGGUGCUACCGACAGCGUCUGGACUGACGUAACGGUGUAUACGACGGACAACCGCGCCAUAAACACCCAGUCGGACGUCCCGCCUAUACCGCGGGUCCCCUCGAAGUACAGACGCGACAGCGCGAGUCGUAAUAGCAACAAUAUCGAGCGCCCUUCGCCGUCUGGUAGGCCCGCUACCGCCUCACUUCAUCCCCACUCGGCCCUGAACGUAAGACAAUCGGCCAGCUCGUCGGUGUACUCGACGGACCGGUCGCGACGGGACGAGGGAAACACGUAUACGAGGAUUUCUCACUCGAGAUAUAACGGGAACGGCUCGGCGGGGAAUAGGGAUACGCAAGGGUACACUGCUGUCCUGCCGAGCCGAAGCCGCUUCUUUGCCUCGACGGCGCUCGACUGGCCGUCUUCCGAGCCCGAGAGCCACGAGCGGAACCGCCGCCGCAGCCACGGCCCCAGUUAUCAUGGUAGUCAGAGCCAAGAGCACGGCGGUGGUAGUAGUAGUCGCUAUCGCAGUCGCAGCCGACCUAGUCGCGCCCGCAGCACUACUACUGCUGCUACGACCACGGCCAGCCGAACGGAGUCGUCGCGGACCUUAGUGGCGUCGCCUUCCGAACAGGAUCGGGAACAAGAAAAGGAGCGGAAAAAGGAAGACCGCGCGUGGAAGGAUAGCUGGGGGAUCCGGCCCGAGGACGAGGACGACGGACUAGGGCCUGAGGACUCGCAUAGCGUUGCCUUCUGGCGGCAGGCGAGGUGAAUGUGCGUGCCUACUUUACCUAGGUACCUCCUAUAUAUAGUUCCAUUACGAAGAUUGUCCAGCGGGGUGGGCUUGUUUCGCGUUUAUAUUCCCGUUUGUAUGCGUAGUGCCUACUCGUACCUACCUAACUUAACCUACCCUACGUACAGGUAGGUGUAUAUAGCAAUAGCUGGCGGCCUGGGUCGAGCGGGCGAACUACCUGAGGUGAAUGCUCAGGUUAGUAGGUACGUACUAGAUAGCGGGACGAAACGAAGCGGAGCGGGAACGGUUCUGGUCGAGGAAAUCUGCUUAUGAGAUAGUGCUAAUACACGAAGAAUAGAAUGCAUAUCUGUUGAUAAUACAUGUGUGUGUAUGAGAGAGAGAGACAGGUCUUAUGUGUUUUGAAGCUGUGAUAAUAACUUAUGAUUAGUUC